AAUUUCGCCGUGCGGUUUUAUACGAUUGACUUCGAACUUAUGGAAAUGUAGAAGACCUAUAGAUGACGUUGAAUGGAAGGAUGGGAGAAGAGUGCGAGGAGAAUUUUUGGUGGAACUCACAGUCUCUUGCUAACCCUGGAAACUGACACGACCCUGAACCCUAAACCUAUACAGGUUCUGUAGCCUUGCCACGUCUAGAAGAGUUCUCGUUCGCGCGAAACCUUGAGGUUAGGAGGAUGUAGGCCCCACUCGGUGAUUUUGGGGAUGUGAAUUUGAAGUUAUUGUCAGAGCGCUCCCUGCGAGUCUCCCGUGGACCUGCAUACAGGAAGUCGGGCAGGGUGAAUUUUCUGUGUUUCUACAAAUGUUUUGGAUCGGAGCACACAGCCUCGUGUUCUGUCCACAUUUUUAGUUGUUUUUUAACAAGAGCCGGAGAUCACCCUUCAGUAGCGGAAUUUGGACAAUUGUCUGCGUGUGUGUGUGUGUCGACUUCGGGAACAUGGUGCUGGCUUUUUCUAUGGAAGGGCGUCUGAAAGGGCUUCGAGAAACUUCACAGCGGGGAUUGCAACAUGCAUCGCUACUGAGGUCCAGCUGGGAGGAUUCGAACUAAUUGCCCAACCUGAAGCAGAGAUUUUUUCAGCCAAGGCCUGGAAUGGAGACAUCCGUCUCGAGCUCGUUUCAGGCUGGGCAGGGGAAUGCUAUCAUUUGCAAGAUAUGUCAGAAGCAAUUCUCGAAAUAUACUUGCCCAAGAUGCAACUUAAGAUACUGUUCUUUGGCAUGCUACAAGGGUCAUAGUCUGCAAUGUACGGAAUCUUUCAUGCGGGAGAACGUUCUGGAAGGAUUGCACGAUCUGCACGCUACCAGUGAAGUAAAGGAAAAAACUUUGGACAUGCUGAAACGCUUACAUUUUGAUGAAGCAGGUCGAAGCAUUCUUGAAGAUGAAAGCCUCGCUACUUGUGACGAUGCAGAAGCUGAAUUCGAAGGUGAUGAAGGAACAUUUUUUUCGAACAGAACUCUUCAGUUGAUUGCAGAAGGUCGUGAUCUCACCUUGGACGAACUUUCUGAGGAAGAGAGGAAAGCUUUUAUGCGUUCUUUAGCUGCAGGGGAGGUCAGUCACCUUAUUCAGCCGUGGAACCCAUGGUGGCUGAAUCCUCUUGCAAAAACUGUUUCCAUCACAAAACAAGGGAGUCGUCUCGUACAGCCCGUCCAUUCUUCAGAUGACAACCAUUCCAGGCAGCCAGAGAUUUCAAGGGGCGAUGAAGUGGAGGAAGUGGAGCUUGAUUUUAGUGAAGUGCCUGCACCCCCUUCUGAACCCCUUUCUCCACUGAAGAAGCUAACACAGAAGGAACCUUCUCCAUUACUACCAGUACACUUGUCAGAGGUUAUUUACGCCUACUGCUUCACUCUGAGGUAUUAUAACGGUGAUUGGCGUAGCGAGCCAUUAGAAGCAACUUUAGCAUUUUUCAGCGUCUCUCACGUAAUGGGUCAAGCAGCGGUGCCAGAAUCUGUCGGUGUAGCCUUUGCUGAAGCUUUGAAGACUGUCUGCUCCCCUGUCUUCAAGCACGCUGGAGGAUUCGCUUUUGGACUCGCCUUGUUCGAUGAUUGUGCAGCUGUCCUGCAGCUCGGAAGAGCUUGCAUAAUUUGUGCAUUAGCCGACUUACGUAGGAUGCUUGAGAAUGCUAAGCGGGAUCUGGAAUUGGAGUUGGUGUCUAGUAAGAAGACAGAACCUGUUGGUAACCAGGAGUCGGAGAGAGGCAGUGAAUUGCGAGUCUCGUCCACAAAGUUGAAGGCCGGACCUCUUGCAGUUAAGACUUCACGGAACACUACGAAGAUUCGAAGUGGUCGCAAGAACGAGAUGAUGAAAAUAGAGGCAGGCCUGAGAAAACUCUUCUUUAUGUUGUGCUGGACAAAUGAGCAGAUGGAUGAAGUUUUCUCAUCGCUUGCUGCAUUAGUGGAGACCGAAAAAGCCAGGGCACUGGAGACAAGACCAUCCAGUACACUUGGGUUGGUAGGGAUGAACGACUCGAAGCCUAUCAAGGAGCGGCCUCUGGUGCAGGAGAUUGCUUGAGCAAUCAAACGUCGACCCACCCAACGCUCUCUGGGUGCCUCAGUCUUGUUUGUGGAUACUUAAGACGUUCAACAUGGCGUCCAAGUUCGUCGAAUGACACCCUAGCAGAUCCUAUACCUGGACUCAAAACAACUUCAGGAAUGGGGACAACCUAAACUACGCAUAAGGAAGAUUGUCCUCCACAUUCGGCCGGCGAAUCUUACAUCGUCACCGACUACGGCAGCUAUCAGGCUUUGCUUUGGUGUUAUCUCUCUGAUUGUCUUGCAGGCUUCCUUGAGCGCAUGCAUGGCUCCUCAUUUUUUUGAGAAGAGGUCUGUGCAAUCUGGACUGCUCGUAACUGCUGCAAAGCGUGACGUCAACUUGUUGUACCGACUAUAUUUUGAGCGUAGUUUCUUGGGCUAGGCCUGCCACCUUGUGUCAGAGUCAGUGCUGGACUCUUGACUAAAAAAUGUAUGCCGUAAGGCGGAAACUGAAUGGCAGGACUACGUCAGCUCGAGGGCUAGAACGUGCCUUUUGAGAGUAUGAACUACGACAGAUGAUCAUCUCUUCCUUCACGUGGAUCUCAUCUAGGCUGCGGUGUUCUCAAAGCCCAAUGCAUUGUGUGAUAUCCGCAAUUCUAGGGCGGCGUGAUAUCAUUGACUGGCCUAGCGAUUCUUGUCGGCAGUCCUUCUUAUCUGGUUCAGUCGACCUUCUUUUCCACAUUCGAACUUGGUUAUCCGUAGAAUUUUCCAUGCAGCAACAAGAUCGAGGACUGGCUCACCGAAAGCCUCGUUUUGCCUGCCCUUCACGCCCACGCAGGACCUAGGUGCCCAUGGGCUGCUGGAGAAGAAGGGCCACUGGUCAAAUGGUCCUCGUCGCCGAAAGUGUACUAGCCGCUUAACCACAUGUCUUUUCCAAGACAAUUAGACCGACGCACGGGGUGCACUCAUGUCGCCUUUCCGAGGGCCAGUUGAGAAGAUUUUUUUGGAAGGAAAGGGAUAUUCCUAUUUUGGAGUGUCUUGUGUUGUCACAUCUGUAAGUUGGAAAGAUUCUUAGUCUAUAGCAAGUGAUGUUGAAGACGGUAUGAUGGAUUAUAAAGGCUGGUAGGCGACAUGUGCUCUAAUCGAUGGUCGGUAGUAGGGGGCAAAGAUUUAACUUCUAUAAACAUAUGUGGAACUUGUGUGGAACUGGGUCCAUGGAGUCCAGGUGUCUCACGGUUUCGAAUCUCCAAAUGUUUCAGCUGACGUAAGAGCGGACACUUCGGAUAUUGUUCGCAGUGGCCAAGAGUCCUGCUGAGAUCUGCUUAAAUCAGGGCUUUCUCUCCAACCAGGCUCGCAGUUUUGGGUAAACUUUCCGGAAUUUACACAGAACUCAGUACAACUAGACUCACCAACUUGACAGUUACCGUCAA